CAGACAGAUUUCUGGUAUGAAAUGUCGAAAUGAAGCUAAAAAUAUUUAGUACAGUGCGUUGCUUCUCGUCGUUGGGUUGUUUAGUGAAUUUAUUAGUUAGUAAUUUAAUAUGAAUGCAUAUUGUUUAGAUGAAGUUAAAUCAUCUCUACCAGGAGCGUUUGUUAACUAUGAUAUCCGAUCCACUGACAGUAUUAAUAUUACUUCUAUCUUAUGAAUUCACUUGUAUUAGUAAAUUUUUGUUUCAUAACUAAUCAUUUUAUAAAUAAUUAUAUAAUAUGAAUUCUUUUUUGGACGAAUUUUGUGGCUCAGCGUUUUGGGACUCCAAUAUCACAUGGCAUACUGAAGAUCCUGAUUUAACUCCAUGUUUUGAGAAGACAAUCCUUUUAUGGUUCCCAGGUGUAUUUUUACUUAUCUUCCUUCCUCUAGAGUUUGGCUGGAUCAACCGAAGCAGAGCAAAACACAUUCCUUGGUCAUGGCUGAAUAUUUCCAAAAUCGUGGUGGUAGGUCUGCUCAUGGUAGUCAGUGUGGCCAACCUAACGUAUAUUUCCCAACAAGGGAACAGAUACCCAGCUGACUUUGCUGCUCCUGUAGUGCAAUUUUUUGUGUAUAGCCUGAUCAUGAUCCUCGUGCUGCUACACAAGAUACAGGGUGUCCAGGUGUCUUAUCUCCUGUUCUUUGUCAGUCUACUGUUAGUACUGUGUCAGACACCUCAGAUGUACUCUUACAUCAGGAUCUUCUUAAACUCUGAUUUUGAAGACAUUUAUUUGACCGCUGUGAACAUUACAGUGUAUGCCUUACAUUGUGCCUUGCUUAUUCUCCAGUUCUUCUGUGAUAAACCGCCCAUUUAUAAUGAAUACCCCAACUUAGAGAGACCCAGUCCAGAAAGUUUAGCAUCUGUGCCCUCGAGGCUCACAUACUCAUGGUUCACUCCUCUAGUGAAGCUUGGGGCCAAGAAACCCCUGGAAGCUUCGGACAUGUUUACACUCAACCAUGAAAACACAUCAAAAGUUAUUGUCUCCAGAUUUGAUAAGAACUGGGUGGUCUCAGUUGAAAAAACGAAUCGACCAAAAGUCUCAUAUGACAAACGAUCCUCUAAAGUUGGUUUCUACCGCACUGUCAGACCACAGACGUCCAUACUGUCUGCCUUGUGCAAGACAUUUGGUCCGUCAUUUCUUAUGGGGUCACUCCUAAAACUUUUUCAGGAUAUUGUCGUUUUCAUCAACCCUCAACUGCUAAAUUUGGUGAUCUCAUUUGUCUCGAGUGACGAGAGCCUGUGGAAAGGCUGUAUGUAUGCUGCACUUAUGUUUAUCACCUCAAUCGUCCAGAUGUUCCUCCUCAACCGUUACUUUCUCACAAUGAACUUUGUUGGCAUCAGGAUAACCACGGCUCUAAUUUCCGCAAUUUAUAGGAAGUCACUGAAGCUGUCCAAUGCUGCCCGUAAGCAAUCAACACUAGGAGAGGUGGUAAACUUGAUGGCAGUGGACGCAUCGGCUUUCCAGCAGCUGAUGGUGAGUCUCAACCUCGUCUGGUCGGCUCCUCUCCAGAUCACACUGGCACUCUAUUUCCUUUGGCAGUUGCUCGGUCCUGCAGUGUUGGCUGGUCUUGCAGUUAUGAUUCUCAUGGUUCCUGUCAAUGUAUGGCUAGUUCGACAGAAUAGGAGACUGCGGAUUAAACAAAUGAAGUACAAAGACGAACGCAUUAAAAUCAUGAAUGAAGUCCUGUCAGGUAUAAAGGUAUUGAAGUUGUAUGCUUGGGAGCCUAGCUUUGAGCAAAAGAUCACCAAUAUUAGACAAAAAGAGAUAAAUGUUCUGAAAACAGCUGUAUACUACAACACUUGCAGCAUAUUUGUGUUCAGCAUGACACCAUACCUGGUAGCUCUUGCAUCAUUUGCCUUUUUUGUGCUUUACGAUGAUCACAACAUUCUAGAUGCUCAGACAGCCUUUGUGUCUUUGUCACUGUUCAACAUCCUGAGGUUUCCCUUGGCUAUGCUUCCUCAAGUCAUGAACAGCCUUGUGUUGACAGCUGUUUCUAUGAAAAGAAUUAAUAAAUUUUUAAAUAAUGAAGAGUUAGAUCCACACUCUGUUACACACGACAACACAGAACGAGAUCCAAUAGUUGUGGAGGAUGGAACAUUUUCAUGGGAAUCAGGAGAUGACAACAGUAUUGUGUUGAGAAACAUCAAUGUGCGUGUGCCUGCAAGCAGCCUGGUGGCUGUGGUGGGUUCGGUUGGCUCAGGAAAGAGCUCUCUCCUGGCAGCUGUGCUGGGUGAGAUGGAUAAACUCUCAGGCAAAGUUAACACCAAGGGCAGCAUAGCAUAUGUGCCUCAACUAGCCUGGAUCCAGAAUGCCACCUUAAGAAAGAACAUCACUUGUGCGCACGAGUUUGACAUGGGUACAUUCAAGAAAGUGGUCAAGGCUUGUGCAUUGGAACAAGAUUUGGAAAUGUUGCCUGGAGGAGACAUGACCGAAAUUGGUGAAAAGGGUAUAAACCUGAGUGGUGGCCAGAAACAGCGUAUCAGUCUAGCAAGAGCUGUCUACAGCAAGGCCGACGUGUACUUGCUCGAUGAUCCUCUCAGCGCUGUUGACUCUCAUGUCGGUAAACACAUCUUCGAGAAUGUUAUUGGGCCCUAUGGAGUUCUUCGUAAAAAGACACGGGUAUUGGUGACACAUGGAGUGACUUUCCUGCCAGAGACGGAUCUAAUAAUUGUGAUGAAGGACGGCCAGGUGGCAGAGACAGGCAGUUAUCAGCAGCUGGUCAAGAGUAAGGGUGCCUUUGCUGACUUUCUGCUCCAGUACUUGGAACAGGCUGAUGAACCAGAUGGUAAACUGGAGGAGAUCCGAGAAGAACUGCUGAAGGACCCUUCUUUACGGGACAAGUACACCAGAGCCAUUUCUGUCAGAAGUGAGGAGUCAAAUAAAAGUAACUCUUUGCAAAGGCAGAUUUCAGCUGAGUCCAACAUAUCAGUAAUGGCUUCAUCAAAAAUAUCUCUAAGCAAAGAAAACUGUGACAAGCCAGAAAAGAUGGGAAAGAAAAAACUGAUGACUGUAGAAGAAGCUGAAACUGGUAAUGUAAAACUGAGCGUAUUCCUGUACUACUGCAAGGCCAUUGGUGUUCUGACGGCGACACUAACUAUCUCCAGUAUCAUCCUGUACCAAACAUUCCUGGUAUCCACGAACCUGUGGCUGUCGCGUCUUGUAAAACUGAGCGUAUUCCUGUACUACUGCAAGGCCAUUGGUGUUCUGACGGCGACACUAACUAUCUCCAGUAUCAUCCUGUACCAAACAUUCCUGGUAUCCACGAACCUGUGGCUGUCGCGUUGGUCCAGUGACAACAGCACUGUGGUGAAUGGCACUCAGGACACCAGCAAGACACAUCUUUACCUGAGUGUGUAUGCAGCCCUUGGUGUCGGACAAGCCAUCUUCAACAUGGUGUCCAACCUGUCACUCUCUCUCGGCUGUCUGUUCGCGGCGGCCUGGCUCCACAACACCAUGCUGCAGCGCGUCUUGCGUGCACCCAUGAGCUACUUUGACACCACUCCUCUCGGCCGUAUCAUCAACCGGUUUAGCAAGGACAUCGACAUCUGUGACACCAUGUUGUCCUUUAACCUCUCGGCUUUCCUGGGUCUGCUUGUCCAGGUAAUAGCAACUGUGAUUGUGAUAACAUACAGCACUCCUGCCUUCAUCAUUGUCAUCAUUCCUAUUCUUAUAUUCAACUUUAUUUUGCAGAGAUUUUUUGUGUCCACUUCUCGUCAACUGAAGAGACUUGAGUCGACCACCCGUUCACCGGUGUACUCUCAUUUCAGUGAAACCAUUCAAGGUUCACAAUCAAUCAGAGCUUAUGGAAUGCAGGAAGUGUUCAUCUCUCAGUCAGAAGAAAAAGUGGACUUAAACCAGUCCUGCAACUAUCCGAACAUGGUUGCCAUGAGGUGGUUGGCAGUUCGCUUAGAGUCAGUUGGCAAUCUGAUUGUGUUCUUCUCGGCCCUGUUUGCUGUGCUCUACCGAGGAUCACUUGAUGCAGGUUUAGCUGGAAUUUCAAUUACUUAUGCUUUACAGGUAACUGGAACACUCAACUUCUUCGUGCGCUCUGCAGCUGAUGUAGAAACUAAUAUUGUAUCAGUGGAGAGAAUAAAAGAAUAUACAGAAAUAAAGCAGGAAGCAGCUUGGACAGUCCAGCCAAAACCAGACCCUCUUUGGCCAACAAAAGGAAAUAUAGAGUUUUCAGACUACAAGGUUCGCUACAGAGAAGGUCUGGAGCUUGUGCUGGGAGGUGUCUCUUGUAAUAUCUAUCCUGGUGAGAAGGUGGGUAUUGUUGGCCGCACUGGGGCUGGCAAGUCCUCACUCACUUUGGCCCUAUUCCGUAUACUGGAGGCAGCUGGAGGCUCCAUCUCCAUUGAUGGGUCUAACAUCGCUUCUAUUGGCUUGCAUGAUCUCCGCAGUCGGCUUACUAUCAUUCCUCAGGAUCCAGUGCUUUUCUCUGGGACUUUGCGGAACAACUUGGACCCAUUCGACAAGGAGACAGACCAAGCGCUUUGGAAAGCACUGGAGAUGUCCAACCUGAAACCUUUUGUCUCAAGCCUGCCUCUAGGUCUGAAUCAUCUCAUUACCGAGGGUGGAGAUAACCUCAGUGUGGGUCAGAAACAACUGAUUUGUCUGAGUCGGGCUCUCCUCAGAAAGACAAAGAUAUUGAUCCUGGAUGAGGCAACGGCUGCUGUUGACCUUGAAACAGAUGAAAUAAUCCAGAGAACUAUCCGGUCAGAGUUCAAGGAUUGCACAGUACUCACAAUAGCACAUCGCCUCAACACUAUCAUGGACUAUAACCGGAUUUUGGUUUUAGACAAAGGAAAGGUGAAGGAAUUUGAUGCACCAAACACUCUCAUUCAAAAUACUCAGAGUAUUUUUCACAAUAUGGUAAAGGAUGCCGGUAUUAUAUUUUCGUCCUAACUGUGAUAUACCGACCAAGUAUUAAUGUGAACAACAAAUUUGUACUUAGCCAUAAUUUUAUGAUUGAAUGUGUUCUAAAAACUUAUGUUUAGUUUUAUUCAUGUACACUUUAUUAAAGAUAUAUACACAAUCAAAAA